AUGGGAUCCCCGUGGAACUGGUGGGCCCUGUGGGCCGGAGCAACCCUCCUGUGGGGGUUGACUUGGGAGGCCACAGAGGACCCCAGGAAUACUGGUGGGGAAGAAUCCCUCAUGGCCUUCCUGCAGAAUUCCCCGCCCGAGAACCGCGGUCUCUGUCUCUUCAUCUUCAGUCUGUCAGAGAGCACUGGUGUCUCUAUCCUCAGCCAGGUCAAUGACACCUCACAGAAGGUCACAGGGGAGUCAGUCAUGGUCAACAUCAGUGCCAAAGCAGAGACGACUGCAGUGGCACUUCCCAGCAUGCAGUAGUGGGUCAGAGUGCACCAUCCUAUCUCUGUGCGGGCUAAGCGCGGCACAGCAGAGCUAACAUUGCUCUAGCCUGUGGGAGCCCUGGGCACAGAGUACUUUGUGCUCAUUCCCAGCAUCUCUGACCAAUAUGCAAAGGAGUUUGCUGUGGUGGCUGGCAGAGCAGGUGCCUCAGUGACUAUGGGCUUGAAGGCAGCAGUGACAUUCCAGGACACUGUCCAUCCAGCUGGUGGUGUCAUAAGUGUGACGCUGCCGCCUUCUGAAGCAGUUCAGGUACAGAGCACAGCAGAUCUUUCUGGAUCAAGGGUAACAGCCAGCAGCCCAGUGGCUGUCUUUGUUGGUCACAGUUGUGCCUACAAGCACACAAAUUGUAGCCGUGUGGUGAAGCAAACGCUACCCACAUCUGCUUGGGGAACACACUAUGUAGUCCCCACUCUAGCCUCCCAGCCCCACUAUGAUCUGGCCUACAUUGUAGCCACCCAGCCACAGAGCAACCAUGGGGGUAUCAUUGGUUCCCAGGGUCUCCAGGGUAACAUGGUUGAGGGUCAUUUCCAGGGUGAAUGGCCAACCGGGCCAUUCUACCUGUCUGCAGAUGUGGAUCAGGUUGUGCCGUUUGGCACAGGGGCCAUAGAGGAUCAAGUGACUGGUGAGCCUUAUCUAGUCCUGAUCCUAGAUAAAGCAUCCUACCACCCGGCCUGUGUGAUCAUAAGUAUGCCAGGCACUGAGGGUGUGGCCCUGCUGGUUAUACAUACAAAGGCUACCAGUGAGCUAACCAUAGAUGGGCAGGCAUUGGGGGUCGAACUCACAUGAGCAGCUGUGCAAGGCAGGGAGUUCUCUGCAUAAGUGAACCUUGGCACUACUGACAAUAUGCACACAGCCAAGACCCCUACCAGCUUUGGGCUGCUCACCUGCGUGGCCCAGGCUGUGGGGUAUGGGACAAAAGCUGCUGGUGGCCAGACUCUGCUCACCCCAGCAGAGGCAUCCUGCCAAGGCAUUCACUGUGCAUCUGGGCAGCGCUGCCAGAUGGUGAGUGGGAAGGCCAGGUGUGUGGCAGAGUCCACAGCUGUCUGCCGUGCCCAGGGUGAUCCCCACUAUACCACCUUCGAUGGCCGUCGCUAUGACAUGAUGGGCACCUGUUCCUACACCAUGGCUGAACUGUGUGGAUCAGAUGAGACCCUGCCAGCCUUCAGCGUGGAAGCCAAAAAUGAACAUCGGGGCAGCCGCCAAGUCUCCUAUGUGGGCUUGGUCACCGUCUAUGCCUACAGCCAUUCUGUGUCGCUGGUUCGUGGGGAAAUUGGCUUCGUUCGGAUUGACAAUCAGCGCUCCCGCCUCCCUGCCUCUCUGAGUGAGGGUCGCCUGCGUGUGCACCAGAGUGGAACACGAGGUGUGAUAGAGAUGGACUUUGGGCUGGUGGUCACCUAUGACUGGGAUGGCCAGCUGACCCUGAGCCUGCCCAAGCGCUUCCAAGACCAAGUGUGCGGGCUGUGCGGCAACUAUAACGGAGACCCUGCCGAUGACUUCCUCACGCCUGACUUGGACCAGGCUCCCAAUGCCUUGGAAUUUGCAAAUAGCUGGAAGCUGGAUGAUGGGGACUACCUGUGUGAUGAUGGCUGCCACAACUCUUGUCCCUCCUGCACCCCAGGCCAGACCCAACACUACAAGGGAGACCGUCUCUGUGGCAUGCUAACUCUGUCCACAGGCCCCUUUUCUGCUUGCCAUGAAUUCCUGGACCCCAAGCCUUUCCUAGAUGAUUGUGUGUUUGACCUGUGUGUCACUGGAGGGGAGCGACUCAGCCUGUGCCGGAGCCUUAGCGCCUAUGCCCAGGCCUGUGUAGAACUGGGUGUCACCCUUGAGAACUGGAGAUUACCAGCCAGCUGCCCCAUGUCCUGUCCAGCCAACAGCUGCUAUGAUCCUUGCAGCCCUGCCUGCCCACCCUCCUGCAACUCGGAAGCCGCACCGACCAACUGCUCUUCGCGCCCUUGCGUGGAGGGCUGCGUGUGCCUUCCAGGCUUCGUGGCCAGUGGCGGUGAUUGUGUGCCUGUCUCAUCCUGUGGGUGCAUCUACCAGGGUCGCCCACUGGCCCCGGGUCAGGAAGUGUUUGAUGAUGACCAAUGCCGCCGCCGCUGCACCUGUGAUGGAGCCACUCAGCAGGUGACCUGCAGGGACACAACAGGAUGCCCUAGUGGUGAGCGCUGCAAUGUGCAGAAUGGCCUCCUGGGUUGCUACCCAGACAAUUUCGCCAGCUGCCAGGCAUCUGGAGACCCGCACUAUGUGAGCUUCGAUGGAAAGCGCUUUGACUUUAUGGGUACCUGCACAUACCUGCUGGUGGGCUCAUGCGGCCAGAAUGCUGCACUGCCUGCCUUUAAGGUGCUGGUGGAAAAUGAACACCGAGGCAGUCAGACCGUGAGCUACACAAGAGCUGUGCGCGUGGUGGCCCACGGGGUAGAAGUGGCUGUGCGAAGGGAGAAUCCUGGAAGAGUGCUGAUAGAUGGCGUCCUUCAGUACCUGCCCUUCCAGGCUGCAGGUGGGAAGAUUCAGGUGCACCGCCAAGGCAAUGAUGCUAUCGUGAGCACAGACUUUGGCUUGACUGUUACCUACAAUUGGGAUGCUCAUGUGACUGCCAAGGUGCCCAGCAGCUAUGCUAAAGCUGUGUGUGGGCUCUGUGGGAACUUCAAUGGGAACCCAGAUGACGACCUGGCUCUGAAGGGUGGAGGCCAAGCUUCCAAUGUAUUGGACUUUGGGAACAGCUGGCAAGAAGAGAUAAUACCUGGGUGUGGAGCAACUGAACCUGGUGACUGUCCCCAAUUGGACUCCCUUGUGACCCAGCAAGUUGAAGGCAAAAAGGAGUGUGGAAUCCUUGCUGAUCCCGAGGGUCCAUUCCGGGAGUGUCACAAGUUGCUGAACCCCCAGGGUGCCAUACGUGACUGUGUCUAUGACCUCUGCCUGCUGCCUGGUCAGUCUGGGCCACUGUGUGAUGCAUUGGCAGCCUAUGCUGCUGCAUGCCAGGCUGCCGGGGGCACUGUGCAUCCCUGGAGGAGCGGGAAACUUUGCCCACUGACCUGCCCACCUAACAGCCACUAUGAGCAAUGUUCCUACGGAUGCCCACUGUCCUGUGGAGACCUGCCAGUGCAAGGAGGCUGUGGCUCAGAAUGCCGAGAGGGCUGUGUUUGUAAUGAGGGCUUUGCCCUCAGUGGUGAGUCUUGUGUGCCUCUGGCCUCCUGCGGCUGUGUACACCAGGGUGCCUAUCACGCACCAGGAGAAACCUUCUAUCCUGGACCUGGAUGCGAUUCUCUUUGCCACUGUGAGGAAGGUGGCCUGGUUUCCUGCGAGCCCUCAUCUUGUGGCCCACAGGAGGCCUGCCAACCAUCCAAUGGAGUCCUGGGGUGUGUGGCUGUGGGCACUACUACCUGUCAGGCAUCAGGAGACCCUCAUUACAUCACCUUUGACGGCCGCCGCUUUGACUUCAUGGGCACCUGUGUGUACGUGCUAGCGCAAACCUGUGGAAACCGGCCUGGUCUUCACCAGUUCACUGUCCUGCAGGAGAAUGAGGCCUGGGGUAAUGGGAAAGUCAGUGUGACCAAGGUGAUCACCGUCCUGGUGGCCAACUACACCCUGCGCCUGGAGCAGAAUCAAUGGAAGGUCAAGGUGAAUGGUGUGGACAUGAAGCUGCCUGUGGUGCUGGAUGGAGGCAAGAUCCGAGUCUCCCAGCACGGGUCCGACGUCGUGAUUGAAACCGACUUUGGCCUGCGUGUGGCCUUUGACCUUGUGUACUAUGUUCGGGUCACCAUCCCAGGCAACUACUACAAGCAGAUGUGUGGUCUGUGCGGGGAUUACAACGGGGACCCCCAGGACGACUUCCAGAAGCCCGACGGCUCUCAGACAACAGACCCCAGUGACUUUGGUAACUCCUGGGAGGAAGCUGUGCCCGACUCCCCUUGCGCACCAGUGCCUCCCUGCACAGGAGAUGACUGUGACACCGAGUGCAGCCCCGAGCUGCAGGACAAAUAUCAUGGGGAACAGUUCUGCGGGCUGCUCACCAGCCCCUCAGGGCCACUGGCUGCCUGCCACAAGCUGCUAGACCCCCAGGGUCCCUUACAAGACUGUGUCUUUGAUCUCUGCCUGGGUGGCGGAAACCAGAGCAUUCUCUGUAACAUCAUCCAUGCCUACGUGAGCGCCUGCCAGGCAGCUGGGGGGCAAGUGGAGCCAUGGAGGACGGAAACUUUCUGUCCAAUGGAGUGCCCCCCUCACAGCCACUAUGAGGUCUGUGCAGACACUUGCUCCCUGGGCUGCUGGGCUCUGAAUACACCCCAGCAGUGCCCAGAAGGGUGUGCUGAGGGCUGUGAAUGUGACUCUGGCUUCCUGUACAACGGCAAAGCCUGCGUGCCCAUCGAGCAAUGUGGCUGCUACCACAAUGGGGUCUACUAUGAGCCAGAGGAGUCAGUUCUCAUUGAAAACUGCCAGCAGCAUUGUGUGUGCCAACCAGGCAAAGGCAUGAUGUGCCAGGAUCACAGCUGCAAACCAGGACAAGUGUGCGAGCCCUCAGGAGGCAUCCUGACCUGCGUCACCAAAGACCCAUGCCAUGGUAUCACCUGCCGGCCACAGGAGACCUGCAAAGUUCAAGGUGGUGAGGGCGUGUGUGUGCCCAACUAUAAUUCCACGUGUUGGCUGUGGGGUGACCCUCACUACAACUCCUUCGAUGGCUGGAGCUUCGACUUCCAGGGCACCUGCAACUACCUCCUGGCAGGGACGCUCUGUCCUGGGGUCGAUGCCGAGGGCCUGACUCCCUUCACUGUCACAACCAAGAAUGAGAACCGGGGUAGCCCCGCUGUGUCCUAUGUGAGAGAGGUCACUGUGACCACUCUCAACACCAACAUUUCCAUCCACAAGAAUGAGAUCGGCAAAGUCCGGGUGAAUGGAGUUCUCAUGGCCUUGCCUGUGUACUUGGCUGGUGGGCGGAUUUCAGUGAUUAAUGGAGGCUCAAAGGCUGUGCUGGAGACUAACUUUGGACUUCAGGUCACCUACGACUGGAACUGGAGAGUAGAGGUCACACUGCCCAGCAGCUACCAUGGUGCAGUGUGCGGGCUCUGUGGAAACAUGGACAAAAACCAUCAAAAUGACCAAGUCUUCCCUAAUGGCACAAUGGCACCCUCAAUACCUACCUGGGGUGGCAGCUGGCAAGUUCCNGGGUGGGACCCUCUUUGUUGGCAUGAAUGUCAAGGGUCCUGUCCCACAUGCCCAGAGGACCGAGUGGAAGAGUAUGAGGGUCCUGGCUUCUGUGGACCUCUGGCUCCUGGCACAGGGAGUCCUUUCACCAGCUGCCAUGCCCAUGUGCCUCCAGAAAGCUUCUUCAAGGGCUGUGUGCUGGACGUCUGCCUGGGUGGGGGCAGCAAAGACAUACUGUGCCAGGCACUGGCUGCCUAUGCUGCUGCCUGUCAAGCUGCUGGCAUCAAAAUCGAGGACUGGAGGACUCAGGCCGGUUGUGAGAUCACCUGCCCUGACAACAGCCACUAUGAGCUCUGUGGCCCACCCUGCCCAGCCAGCUGCCCACCCCCUGCACGACACACAGCCCCAGCUGCAUGUGACGGGCCCUGUGUGGAGGGAUGCCAGUGUGACGAGGGCUUCGUCCUGAGUGCUGAUCAGUGUGUUCCCCUGGAUGGUGGCUGUGGCUGCUGGGUCAAUGGCACAUACUAUGAAGCAGGCACCGAGUUUUGGGCUGAUACCACCUGCUCUAAGAGGUGUCACUGUGGACCUGGAGGUGACUCCUUGGUCUGCAAGCCUGCCAGCUGUGGGCUGGGUGAGGAGUGUGCCUUGUUGCCCUCUGGAGAGAUCGGCUGCCAACCUACAAGCAUAACUGAAUGCCAAGCCUGGGGUGAUCCUCAUUAUACUACCCUAGAUGGGCACCGGUUUGACUUCCAAGGCACCUGUGAGUACCUGCUGAGUGCACCCUGCCAUGAGCCACCCACAGGGACUGAAUACUUCAAUGUCACCGUGGCUAAUGAGCACAGGGGCAGCCAGGCUGUCAGCUACACACGAAGUGUCACUCUGUGGAUCUACGGCCUCAGCUUGACCCUCAGUGCCCAAUGGCCCAGGAAGCUACAGGUGAACGGAGAGUUCGUUGCUCUGCCCUUCCAUCUGGACCAGAAACUCAGUGUUUACAUAAGUGGAGCAGAUGUAGUAGUGAACACUGCUUCGGGGCUCUCCCUGGCUUUUGACGGAGACAGUUUCGUGCGCCUGCGCGUGCCCGCAGCCUAUGCUGGCACCCUCUGUGGCCUGUGCGGGAACUACAACAAGAAUCCCAGCGAUGACCUGACUGCAGUGGACGGGAAACCUGAGGGCUGGAAAGUGGGCGGAGCUCCAGGCUCUCUCCAGUGUCCUGCCCACAGCCACUACUCCAUCUGCACCCGCUCCUGCCAGGGCUCCUGUGCUGCUCUCUCUGGCCUCACUGGCUGCACCACCCGCUGCUUUGAAGGGUGUGAGUGCGAUGACCACUUCCUGCUCUCCCACGGUGUGUGCAUUCCUGCCCAGGACUGCGGCUGCGUCCAUAACGGCCAAUAUAUGCCGGUGAACUCCUCCCUGAUGUCCUCAGACUGCAGCGAGCGCUGUUUCUGCUCCCCAAACACCGGUCUGACGUGCCAUGAAGCUGGCUGCCCAUCUGGCCAUGUCUGUGAGAUCCAGGCUGGAGUCCGGGAGUGCCAGGCUGCCCGUGGCCUCUGCUCCAUCUCUGUUGGCGCCAACCUCACUACCUUUGAUGGAGCUCACAAUGCCAUCAGCUCCCCUGGUGUCUAUGAGCUUUCUUCUCGAUGCCCGGGACUCCUGAAGAAUGUGCCCUGGUACCGAGUGCUUGCUGAUGUCCAGCCUUGCCAUGAAAAUGACAAGAUCGUGAGCAAGGUCCACAUCUUCUUCCAGGAUGGCAUGGUGACUGUGAUCCCAAGCAAGGGCGCAUGGGUAAAUGGUCUCCGAGUGGAUCUCCCAGCUACUGUGUUAACAUCUGUGUCUGUGAGGAGGAUGCCGGACGGCUCCAUGCUUGUCCACCAGAAGGCUGGGGUCACAGUGUGGCUCAGAAAAGACGGGCUUCUGGAUGUGAUGGUUGGUGAUGACCUUGCAGCCAUGCUGUGUGGGGCCUGUGGAAACUUUGAUGGGGACCAAACCAACGAUGCACAUGGUUCUCAGGGGAAGACACCGAUAGAGAAGUGGAGAGCACAGGAUUUCUCCCCAUGUCUCCAACAGGACAGUAGGACAGCCUUAUCUGAGCCUCCAUCUCUCCCUGCUGCAGAUAUGGGAUCCCGGUGGAGCUGUUGGGCACUCUGGGCUGGAGCAACCCUCCUAUGGACUCUGCUCACCCCAGCAGAAGCAUCCUGCCAAGGCAUUCACUGUGCAUCUGGGCAGCGCUGCCAGAUGGUGAAUGGGAAGGCCAGGUGUGUGGCAGAGUCCAGAGCUGUCUGCCGUGCCCAGGGUGAUCCCCACUAUACCACCUUCGAUGGCCGUCGCUAUGACAUGAUGGGCACCUGUACCUACACAAUGGCUGAGCUGCGCAGCAGCAAGGGCUCCCUGCUGGCCUUUAAAGUAGACGCCAAGAAUGAGCAUCGGAGCUCCAACAAAGUCUCCUAUGUACGCUUGGUCACUGUGCAUGCCUACAACCACACCGUGUCCCUGAUCUAUGGAGAAGUUGGCCUUGCGAAGAUCGACUACCAGUACUCAAGCCUGCCGGUCUCCCUGAGUGAGGGUCUCCUGCGUGUGCACCAGAGUGGAACACGAGGUGUGAUAGAACUGGACUUUGGGCUGGUGGUCACCUAUGACUGGGAUGGCCAGCUGACCCUGAGGCUGCCCAAGCGCUUCCAAGAGCAGGUAUCUGGGCUGUGUGGCAACUAUAAUGGAGACCCUGCAGAUGACUUCCUCACGCCUGACGGGAAGCAAGCUCCUGAUGUCCUAAACUUCACCAAAAGCUGGAAGGUGAAUGAUCAAGACCUCUUAUGUGAUGAUGGCUGUUAUGGCAACUGUCCGUCUUGCAUCCCAAGCCAGGCCCAGCUCUUUAAGAAAGACCUUUUCUGUGGCAUGCUAACUCUGCCCUCAGGCCCAUUUGCUGACUGUCAUCAAUUUCUGGACCCCAAGCCUUUCCUGGAAGAAUGUGUAUAUGACAUGUGCGUGACGGGAGGGGAACGUCUCACCCUGUGCCAUGGCCUCAAUGCCUAUGCACAAGCCUGUGUGGACCUGGGCAUCUCUGUCCGCGAAUGGAGGUCACGAACCAACUGCCCCCUGACCUGUCCAGCCAACAGCCACUAUGAGCUCUGCAGCCCUGCCUGCCCGCCCUCCUGCAACUCAGAUGCCAGACCGACCAACUGCUCUUCUCGCCCUUGCGUGGAGGGCUGCGUGUGCCUUCCAGGCUUCGUGGCCAGUCGUGGCCUUUGCAUGCCUGUCUCAUCCUGUGGGUGCAUCUUCGAGGACCGCCUGCUGGCCCCGGGUCAAGAAGUGUACGCGGACGAAAAAUGCCACCGCCGCUGCACCUGUGAUGGAGCCACUCAGAAGGUGAUCUGUAGGAACACAACAGGGUGUCUGCCUAAGGAGUACUGUGGGGUACAGAAUGGCUCCUUUGGUUGCUUCCCGGAAUACUUCCGCAUUUGCCGGGCAUCCGGAGACCCACACUACAUGAGUUUAGAUGAGCGGAUCUUCAAUUUCAUGGGUACCUGCACGUACUUGUUUACUGCCUCCUGUGGCCAGCACCCAUCUCUCCCCGACUUCAAAGUGCUUAUAGAAAAUGAACGCCGUGGAAGUCAAAGCGUAAGCUUUGUGCGUUCUGUGAAGUUGGAGGCCCUUGGAAUCAAGUUGGAGGUGCGCCGGGAAUACCAAGGCAAAGUGCUGGUGGACGGCAUCCUUCACUACCUGCCCUUUCAAGCCCUAGGUGGGAAGCUCGUAGUGUUCCGCCAAGGCAAGUACGCCAUCCUACGCACGAACUUCAGCCUGUCUGUCAGCUAUAACUGGGACACCCAUGUGACUGCCAAGGUGCCCAGCAACUAUUUUAACAGUGUGUGUGGGCUCUGUGGGAACUUCAAUGGGGACCCACGUGAUGACUUGGGUAAACAGAUUAGAGGAGAAGCCCUUGACCCUCGAGACUUUGGAAAGAAGUGGCUGGUGUCAUCACCUCUCGGCUGCAGGACAGAUGAGCAACUUCUGUGUCCUGACUUCAACAAAGCAGUAGUGGCAAAUAUAACACAAAACUGCAGAAUAUUUACUAACAUAUCGGGUCAUUUUAAGCACUGUUGGAGAGUGCCUGCCUACAACAGUGCCUACAUAGAGUGCGCCUAUGAUUGCUGCCGUAUGCCAGGCCAAACUAAGCCACUGUGUGACACACUGGCCACAUACACCGCCAUGUGCCAAUCUUCUGGAGUCAUUGUAUAUCCAUGGAGGACUGAGACACUUUGCCCAAUGACCUGCCCACCUCACAGCCACUAUGAGCUGUGUCAGCGAGGCUGUCCAUUGACCUGUGGAGACCAGCCAGUGCCAGGAGGCUGUGGCUCAGAUUGCUACGAGAGCUGUGUCUGUGAUGAGGGCUAUGUCCUUAGUGGUGAGGCCUGUGUACCCCUGGCAUCCUGUGGUUGCGUAUACCAGGGCAUUUACCAUGCGCCAGGUGAUGAGUUCUAUCCUGGCCCUGAAUGUAACUCCCUCUGCCACUGUGAUAAGGGUGGCCUGGUGUCUUGUCAGCCCUCACACUGCAGCUCACAUGAAGUCUGUAAAGUGUUUGAUGGCAUCCUGAGAUGUGUGGGUGAGGGCUCUGCCACCUGUCAGGUAUCAGGGGCUUCACAUUACACUACCUUUGAUGGCCGCCAUUUUGACUUCAUGGGCACCUGUGUGCACGUGCUGGCCCAGACCUGCUGGACCCGGCCUGGCCUGAAACCAUUCACAAUACUGCAGGAAAAUGCAGUCCAGGGCAACAAGCAAGUCAGUGUGACCAAGAAGAUCACCAUCGAGGUAGCCAACUACACCCUGCAGCUGGAGCAGAAUCAGUGGAAGGUCAAGGUGAACGGUGUGGACAUGAAGCUGCCCGUGUUGCUGGAUGAGGAUAGAGUUCAGGCCUUCCGGCAUGGCACAGAUAUGGUAAUCAAGACCAAGUUUGGCCUGCUUGUGUCCUACGAUCUCAAAUACAGCGUGCGUGUCAAGGUACCCCAGAACUACUAUAAACACAUGUGUGGCCUGUGUGGGGACUACAAUAAUGACCCCAAGAAUGACUUCCAGAAGUCCGAUGGCUCACAGGCAGCCAGUUCCAAUGAGCUGGGGGACUCCUGGGAAAAAGCUGUGCCAGGUUCUUCCUGCACACCCCGGCCUGCCUGCAAACCGGGACAGCCUUGCAGCCCGAAGUGCUGCCCAACUCUGGAGAAGAAGUACCGUGGGAACGAGUUCUGUGGGCUGAUCACCAACCCCACGGGGCCACUGGCUGCCUGCCACAAGCUGUUGGACCCCCAGGGUCCCUUGCAAAGCUGUGUCUUUGACCUCUGCCUCGGUGGCGGGAACCUGAGCAUUCUCUGUAACAUCAUCCAUGCCUACGUGAGCGCCUGCCAGGCGGCUGGGGGCACUGUCAAGCCAUGGAGAAACCAGACUUUCUGUCCAAUGGAGUGCCCCCCUCACAGCCACUAUGAGGUCUGCGCAGACACUUGCUCCCUGGACUGCUCAGCAAUCACCACUCCUAUGCAGUGCCUGACGACAUGUUCAGAGGGCUGUGAAUGUGACACUGACUUCCUGCAGAGUAUCACAGCUUGUGUGCCCAUGGAGAAAUGUGGCUGCCACUACAAAGGAAUCUACUAUGAGCCAGAGGAGUCAUUUCUCAUUGAAAACUGCCAGCAGCAUUGUGUGUGCCAACCAGGCAAAGGCAUGAUGUGCCAGGAUCACAGCUGCAAGCCAGGACAGGUGUGCGAGCCCUCAGGAGGCAUCCUGACCUGCAUCACCAAAGACCCAUGCCAAGGUGUUACCUGUCGGUCACAGGAAACAUGCACAGAGAAAGAUGGCAAGGGUGUAUGCAUAGCCAACUAUGAGUCCAAGUGCUGGGUGUGGGGUGACCCCCACUACCAUUCCUUUGAUGGCCUGAACACUAAUUUCCACGGGACCUGCAGUUACCUGAUGGCAGGAACUGGCUGCCCUGGCACUGGUGCUGAGGGGUUGACCCCCUUCAGUGUCAUCACCAAGCAUGAGAGCCAGAGCAACCCUAAGGUGUCCAACGUGAGGAAGGUCACCGUGACAACCUACAACACCAGCAUCACCAUCCACGAGAAAAAGACUGGCAGAGUCCAGGUGAAUGGAGUUCUCAUGGCCUUGCCUGUGUACUUGGCUGGUGGGCGGAUUUCAGUGAUUAAUGGAGGCUCAAAGGCUNUGCUGGAGACUNACUUUGGNCUUCAGGUCACCUACGACUGGAANUGGAGNGUANANNUCANACUGCCCAGCAGCUACNAUGGUGCAGUGUGNGGGCUCUGUGGAAACAUGGACAAAAACCNNCNAAAUGACCAAGUCUUCCCNAAUGGCACAAUGGCACCCUCAAUACCUACCUGGGGUGGCAGCUGGCAAGUUCCAGGGUGGGACCCUCUUUGUUGGAAUGAAUGUCAGGGGUCCUGUCCCAUGUGCCCAGAGGACAGAGUGGAGGAGUAUAGGGGUCCUGGCUUCUGUGGACCUCUGGACCCCGACACAGUGGGUCCCUUUACCAACUGCCAUGCCCAUGUGCCUCCUGAAAGCUUCUUCGAGGGCUGUGUGCUGGAUCUCUGCCUGGGUGGUCAAGUCAAAGACAUUCUAUGCCAGGCACUGGCUGCCUAUGCUGCUGCCUGUCAAGCUGCUGGCAUCAAAAUCGAGGACUGGAGGACUCAGGCCGGUUGUGAGAUCACCUGCCCUGACAACAGCCACUAUGAACUCUGUGGCCCACCCUGCCCAGCCAGCUGCCCACCCCCUACACGACAAACAACCCCAGCUGCAUGUGACGGGCCCUGUGUGGAGGGAUGCCAGUGUGAGGAGGGCUUCGUCCUGAGUGCUGAUCGGUGUGUUUCCCUGGAUGGUGGCUGUGGCUGCUGGGUCAAUGGCACAUACUAUGAAGCAGGCACCGAGUUUUGGGCUGAUACCACCUGCUCUAAGAGGUGUCACUGCAGACCUGGAGGUGACUCCUUGGUCUGCAAGCCUGCCAGCUGUGGGCUGGGUGAGGAGUGUGCCUUGUUGCCCUCUGGAGAGAUCGGCUGCCAACCUAUAAGCAUAGCUGAAUGUCAAAUACUGGGUGAUCCCACAUACAUCACCCUAGAUGGGCACCGGUUUGACUUCCAAGGCACCUGUGAGUACCUGCUGAGUGCACCCUGCCAUGCACCACCCACAGGGACUGAAUACUUCAAUGUCACCGUGGUUAAUGAGCAUAGGUGCAGCCAGGCUGUCAGCUACACACGAAGUGUCACUCUGUGGAUCUACGGCCUCAGCUUGACCCUCAGUGCCCACUGGCCCAAGAACCUACAGGUGAAUGGAGAGCUGGUCAUGCUGCCGUUCCAGCUGCAAUCACGGCUCCUUGUUCACCUAAGCGGCACUGGCUUGGUGGUACACACUGCCUGGGGGCUCUCCCUGACUUUGGACGGAGACAGUUUCGUGCGCCUGCGCGUGCCCGCAGCCUAUGCUGGCACCCUCUGUGGCCUGUGCGGGAACUACAACAAGAAUCCCAGCGAUGACCUGACUGCAGUGGACGGGAAACCUGAGGGCUGGAAAGUGGGCGGAGCUCCAGGCUGUGACCAAUGCCAGCUUAGGUCUUGCCCAAAACCCUGCACACCUGAGGAACAGAAACGUUUUGGUGGCCCCAAUGCCUGCGGCAUUAUCACGGCCCCCGAAGGCCCACUAGCGCCCUGCCACAGCGUUGUGCCACCCACGCAGUACUUCGAGGCUUGCUUGCUGGACGCCUGUCAGGUUCAGGGACAUCCAGGUGGCCUCUGUCCUGCUAUAGCCACCUAUGUGGCAGCAUGUCAAGCUGCCGGGGCCCAACUUGGAGAAUGGAGAAAGCCAGACUUCUGUCCCCUCCAGUGCCCUGCCCACAGCCACUACCAGCUCUGUGGUGACUCCUGCCCUGUGAGUUGCCCGAGCCUCUCUGCCCCUGUGGGCUGUGAAACCAUCUGCCGUGAGGGCUGUGUCUGUGAUUCUGGCUUCGUGCUCAGUGGUGACACCUGUGUACCUGUGGGCCAGUGUGGCUGCCUCUACCAAGGGCGCUACUAUGUGUUAGGUGCCACCUUCUACCCAGGCCCUGAGUGUGAGCGGCUCUGUGAGUGCGGACCUGAUGACCAGGUCACCUGCAGGAUAGAGACCUGUGGGAUCCAUGAGGAAUGCCGGAUAGAGGAUGGCAUCCGGUCCUGCCAUCCCAAAGGCUCUAAACUAAUGCUGGUCCUUCAUGGUAUCCAUUAUACUACGCCUGAUGGCUUGGUCUAUGACCUUUAUGGCUCCUGCUCCUACAUCUUGGCCCAAGUUUGUUUUCCGAAGCAUGGAGAGGAGGGGUUCUCCAUUGUGCUCGAGAAGGACUUGGCUGGAAACCCCCAGCGGGUGGUGGUGACUGUGGCAGGCCAGGUUGUGGUGCUGGCGAAAGGGCCACAGGUGACCGUGGACAGUGAAGUGGUGGCACUACCCAUGGUUGUAGGAUCCAUAUAUAUAACCGCUGAAAACCGAAACAUAUUUCUGCAGACAAAAAGUGGGCUAAAAGUUCUUUUUGAUGGUGAUGACCAUAUCCUUAUAGCCAUCCCGAGUCCCUUCCGUGGGCGUCUCUGUGGCCUCUGUGGGAACUUCAAUGGGAACCAGAGUGACGACCUUGUGCUGCCCAAUGGAGUGGUGGCCCCCAACGUGGAGGCCUUUGGAGCUGCAUGGCGAGCUCCCGGCUCCUCCUUGGGCUGUGGUGAAGGCUGCGGGCCCAAAGGCUGCCCGGUGUGCUCAGCAGAAAAGAGAGAAUUGUAUGAGGAAAACGAUGCCUGUGGGAAGAUCCGGGACCCCCAAGGCCCCUUUGCAGCUUGCCACAAGGCUCUGAGUCAUUCGGAAUACUUCCACCAAUGUGUUUUUGACCUUUGUACCCAUCACGGAGACAGAGACUACCUCUGCCGUAGCCUGGCUGCUUAUACUGCAGCCUGUCAGGCAGCUGGGGCAGCAGUGAAGCCCUGGAGGACAGACAGCGUCUGCCCUGCCGAGUGUCCUGCCCACAGCCACUACUCUGUCUGUACACAUUCCUGCCAGGGCUCCUGUGCUGCAAUCUCUGGCUUCACUGGCUGCACCACCCAGUGCUUUGAAGGGUGUGAGUGCGAUGACCACUUCCUGCUCUCCCAGGGUGUGUGCAUUCCUGCCCAGGACUGCGGCUGCUUCUACAAUGACCAAUAUAUACCGGUGAACUCCUCCCUGAUGUCCUCAGACUGCAGCAAGCGCUGUUUCUGCUCCCCAAACAACGGUCUGACGUGCCAUGACACUGGCUGCCCAUCUGGUCGCGUCUGUGAGAUCCAGGCUGGAGUCCGGGGUUGUUGGCCAGCCAAAGGUCUCUGCACCUUCUCUGUGGGUGGCAACCUCAUCACCUUUGAUGGGGCUCUCAAUCCUAUCAGCUCCCCUGGUGUCUAUGAGCUUUCUUCUCGAUGCCCGGGACUCCUGAAGAAUGUCCCCUGGUACCGAGUGCUUGCUGAUGUCCAGCCUUGCCAUGAAAAUGACAAGAUCGUGAGCAAGGUCCACAUCUUCUUCCAGGAUGGCAUGGUGACUGUGAUCCCAAGCAAGGGCGCAUGGGUAAAUGGUCUCCGAGUGGAUCUCCCAGCUACUGUGUUAACAUCUGUGUCUGUGAGGAGGAUGCCCGACGGCUCCAUGCUUGUCCACCAGAAGGCUGGGGUCAUUGUGUGGCUUGGAAAAGACGGGCUUCUGGAUGUGAUGGUUGGUGAUAACUAUGCAGCCAUGUUGUGUGGGGCCUGUGGAAACUUUGAUGGGGACCGGAAUAAUGAUGUCCAUAAAAAUCAGAAGACAAUUUCAAUAGAGACGUGGAGAGCACAGGAUUUCUCCCCAUGUUCCAACUGAUCAGUCACCACUGGCACUGAAGGCAUCAAGACCUGCUUCCUCCCAGAAGUUACAGUGAUUGGAAGAUGCCCUGUGUGUCCCUUCCCUGUCCCUCCCCCUUUGCUGAGCCACUGAGGCCAAACCUGAAAGCAUUGAGUAAAUAAAUACCUAGACCCAGA